GAACUACUUUUUCUGUUUUCUUUCCAUAUAAUCAUGAAAAUCUCUGCUGGGGUUUUGAUUUUCAACCAUAAUUUAGAUUAUUAAGUUUUGGGUUUGGGAAAUUAUUUUGAUUAUAUUGUUAGUUCUGAGGGGGGAAGUUAAGUUUCACUUUAUCCCCAACUUUUUUCUGAUGUUCAGCUCAACCCUCCACUAAAUUCAAUUUUUCUUGCUGUCUUUUUAAGAUCUUUCCCUCAUUUAUUUUUAUCUGCUAUUCAAAGUACUGCACCUUUCUUUUUCCCAUUUUUUUUUUCCUUUCCACCAUCUGAUAAAGGAUAAAGGACCCAAGAUAAAGUUAACAUAUUUGUUUGUAUCAUACCACUGCUGUUGUAAUCCCUCAAAGUGUUGCAAUAAAAACACCUUCUUUGUAUACCUGUCUUGUUUGUUUCCUUCCUAGACUCUCCUUUUUUUCUCCUCAAAGGGUAUUGGAGUGGUUAAACCUAUGGAAGGUUCAAAGCCUCCUCCUAUGUUGGAGAGAAGGGCGAGGCCUCAGAAGGAUCAAGCUUUGAACUGCCCAAGGUGCAAUUCCACCAACACCAAAUUCUGCUACUACAAUAACUAUAGCCUCUCCCAGCCAAGGUACUUUUGCAAGACAUGUAGAAGGUAUUGGACUGAGGGUGGUUCUCUCAGAAACGUUCCUGUGGGUGGUGGCUCUAGAAAGAACAAGAGAUCAACUCCAUCAGCUCCAUCACCAGCAUCGGCACCAACAAAGAAGCUUCCUGAUCUCACACCACCAAAUUUCCCUCAAUCGGCUUCUCAGGACCCUAAGAUCCACCAAGGCCAAGACCUUAACUUAGCAUAUCCUCCAGCCGAGGACUAUAACACUGUGUCUAAGUUCAUCGAGGUUCCUUACACCACGGAAUUAGACAAGGGCAGUCUUCAAAACGCCACUUCCUCAUCAACACCGUCUCAGUUGUCUGCCAUGGAGCUUCUCAAGACUGGGAUUGCUUCCUCAAGGGGUUUAAACUCCUUCAUGCCAAUGUAUAAUUCAACUGGGUUUCCUUUGCCUGACUUCAAGCCACCACCUGGCCUUAACUUCAGUCUGGAGGGCUUUGAAAAUGGUUACGGGGGUCUUCAGGGAAUUCAAGAGGGUCCUACUGGUGCAAGGAUCUUGUUUCCUGUGGAGGAUUUAAAGCAGCAGGUUCCAACCACAAAUGAGUUCGAUCAGCAGAAUAGAAGUCAAGGGGAUUCAUCUGGGUAUUGGAAUGGCAUGUUAGGUGGAGGAUCGUGGUAGAUAUUUAGAGAAGAAGAAGAAGAAAAAAAAGAGAACAAGGGUUGCUGUUUUAGCCUUUUAUUUUAUUUUUUUUUCUUUUCUUUUCUUUUCUUAAUGGAGGGAGUGUGGUUGUGUUUGGAGUGAUCAGAACCACUAACAAAAUAGGGUACAUGGCUGCUGUUUCGCUUCUUUUUAAUCCAUUUCAAUUUUUGGUCUUCUUUUC